AUGGCAUCCAUCCUUCGAUUUCAGCCUCGGCUGUUUGCCCGAGCUUCCACUAUGCCCUCCGGUCGCUCCAUCUGGAAUGCUACAGUCCGGAGAACUUACGCCCAAAGCUCCUCUGAUCCCAACAAACAAGGACAAGGCAGCUCUCCCGAUUCCAACCAUCCAAUCCCAUCCAACAAGGCGAAGCCAACCCUUCGAGACGGUAACCAGUCGCCCAUGGCUGACAUGGAAGGCCACCUGCGUGAUGAUUUGCCGGAGGACGUGAAACGACACAACGAGGACGUUGCAAAGCGGUACGAUCGGCCGUAUAACCACAUCUCAGAUAAAGGGAAGAUCGAACAGCCGUGGAAGAAGGAGGAUUAG